CCUUAUUCUUUUCCUAAAAGAACAUGGUAAGGAGAUCUAUGUGGAGGUCCGUGGAGCAUAUGUAGAUACGAUGCAUAAGGUUUUAAGUGCACAUUUUCGUGCAUAUAUUCAAGCACUGGAGAAACUACAGUUGGAUAUAGCAACAGCAAGUGAUCUGAUUGGAGUAGAGGCAAGAGGUGCUGGCUUGUUUUCAAGAGUGAGGGAACCAUUGAAGAAUAAAUCUGCUGUUUUUGCUUUGGGGGACAGGAUUGCUAUUUUAAAGGAAAUUGAUCAACCGGCAUUAAUUCCUCAUAUAGCAGAAGCUAGCUCUUCGAAAUACCCAUAUGAAGUCCUAUUUAGGAGCUUGCAUAAGCUGCUUAUGGAUACAGCUACAUCAGAGUACCUUUUUUGUGAUGAUUUUUUUGGUGAGGAGCAAAUCUUCCAUGACAUAUUUGCAGGUCCAUUUGCUGUUAUUGAUGAGCACUUCAACUCUAUUCUCGUCAAUUGUUUUGAUGCAAUUGGACUAAUGCUUAUGAUUCAUAUAAUAGACCAGCACCGGCUGGUCAUGUCCCGCCGCCGCAUCCCAUGCCUGGACUCAUACUUAGACAAGGUUAAGCUUUCAUUAUGGCCUCGUUUCAAGAUGGUUUUUGACUUGCAUCUUAAUAGUUUACGGAAUGCUAAUGUUAAAACCUUGUGGGAAGAUGACAUCCAUCCACAUUAUGUGAUGAGAGUUAUGCUGAAUUCACUGCAUCUCUCAUUCAGCUUAAUGUUGAUUAUGGAGAUGGAAAGGUAAGCAAAUAAAUGCUCG